GGCGCUUUCCCCUCCUCGCAGCCUCCGCGGACCGCGAGCUCGUCCUCCCGCCCGAUCGCUCUCUCCUUCGCGGCUUCGAGGCGCUUUCCGUGGGGCCGAUUCCCUCCCGCUUCCUCCUGCUCCCCAUCGCAGCUCCAGAGAUGAGUGUUUCCAUCUCUUCGGAGAUGAACCAGAUUAUGAUGCAUGAUUAUCACAGAAGAAAUUCAUGUCUAUAGCUUUUAAGGACUUGAUUACAUCAUUUUCAAGCCUGAUAGUUUUGGAAUCACCAUUAGAGCUUCACCUCUGCCUUCACUUCAGCCACCUGUCUUCAUACCUCAACGGAAGUGCUGAGUUUUAACACUCCUUUGUCCUUGGAUUAUUUACGACAUCCCGGAAACAUAUUUCUCACCAGUAAAGUCACCAAAUUAAUAAGGAAAAAUGAUUCCCAAUGGAUAUUUAAUGUUUGAAGACGAAAAUUUCAUUGAGUCUUCUGUUGCCAAAUUAAAUGCCCUGAGGAAGAGUGGCCAGUUCUGUGAUGUUCGACUUCAGGUCUGUGGCCAUGAGAUGUUAGCACACAGAGCAGUCCUGGCGUGCUGCAGUCCUUAUUUAUUUGAAAUCUUUAAUAGUGAUAGUGAUCCCCAUGGAGUUUCUCAUGUUAAAUUUGAUGAUCUCAAUCCAGAAGCUGUUGAAGUCUUGUUGAAUUAUGCCUAUACUGCUCAGUUGAAAGCCGAUAAGGAAUUAGUAAAAGAUGUUUAUUCUGCAGCAAAAAAGCUGAAGAUGGACCGAGUAAAGCAGGUUUGUGGUGAUUAUUUACUGUCUAGAAUGGAUGUUAGCAGCUGCAUCUCUUACCGAAAUUUUGCAAGUUGUAUGGGAGACUCCCGUUUGUUGAAUAAGGUUGAUGCUUAUAUUCAAGAGCACCUGUUACAAAUUUCAGAAGAGGAAGAAUUUCUUAAACUUCCAAGGCUAAAGUUGGAGGUAAUGCUUGAAGAUAAUGUUUGCUUGCCCAGCAAUGGCAAAUUGUAUACAAAGGUAAUCAACUGGGUGCAGCGUAGCAUCUGGGAGAAUGGAGACAGUCUGGAAGAGCUGAUGGAAGAGGUUCAAACCUUGUACUACUCAGCUGAUCACAAGCUGCUUGAUGGGAACCUACUAGAUGGACAGGCUGAGGUGUUUGGCAGUGAUGAUGACCACAUUCAGUUUGUGCAGAAAAAGCCACCCCGUGAGAAUGGCCAUAAGCCGAUAAGUAGCAGUUCCACUGGAUGUCUCUCUCCUCCAAAUGCUACAGUUCAAAGCCCUAAGCAUGAGUGGAAAAUCAUUGCUUCGGAAAAGACUUCAAAUAACACUUACUUGUGCCUGGCUGUGUUGGAUGGUAUAUUCUGUGUAAUUUUCCUUCACGGACGAAACAGCCCACAGAGCUCACCAACAAGUACUCCAAAACUAACUAAAAGCUUAAGCUUUGAGAUGCAACCAGAUGAGCUAAUAGAAAAGCCCAUGUCGCCUAUGCAGUACGCGCGCUCUGGCCUGGGGACAGCAGAGAUGAAUGGCAAGCUCAUCGCUGCAGGUGGUUACAACAGAGAAGAAUGUCUCCGAACAGUUGAAUGCUAUGAUCCACACACAGAUCAUUGGUCCUUUCUUGCUCCCAUGAGAACACCAAGAGCCCGAUUUCAAAUGGCUGUACUCACAGGCCAGCUCUAUGUGGUGGGUGGAUCGAAUGGCCACUCAGAUGACCUGAGUUGUGGAGAGAUGUAUGAUCCAAAUAUAGAUGACUGGACGCCCGUUCCUGAAUUGAGAACUAACCGUUGUAAUGCAGGAGUGUGUGCUUUGAACGGGAAAUUAUACAUUGUUGGUGGCUCUGAUCCAUAUGGUCAAAAAGGACUGAAAAAUUGUGAUGUAUUUGACCCUGUAACAAAGUCAUGGACAAGCUGUGCUCCUCUUAACAUUCGUAGACACCAGUCUGCAGUCUGUGAGCUUGGUGGUUACUUGUACAUAAUUGGAGGUGCAGAGUCUUGGAAUUGUCUGAACACAGUAGAACGUUACAAUCCUGAGAAUAACACCUGGACUUUAAUUGCUCCCAUGAAUGUGGCUCGGCGAGGAUCUGGAGUAGCUGUUCUUGAUGGAAAACUGUUUGUGGGUGGUGGUUUUGAUGGUUCUCAUGCCAUCAGUUGUGUGGAGAUGUAUGAUCCAGCCAGAAAUGAGUGGAAGAUGAUGGGAAACAUGACUUCACCAAGGAGCAAUGCUGGGAUUGCAACUGUUGGGAACACCAUUUAUGCAGUGGGAGGAUUUGAUGGCAAUGAAUUUCUGAAUACGCUGGAAGUCUAUAACUUUGAGUCAAAUGAGUGGAGCCCCUAUACAAAGAUUUUCCAGUUUUAACAAAUUAAGACCCUUUCAAACUAACAGGCUUUGUGAUGUAAUUGUUUAGUAGAGGUACUCUUGUGAAUAAGGAGGGUGGGUGGGUAUAGAUGUUGCUAACAGCAACACAAAGCUUUUGCAUAUUGCAUAUUAUUAAACAUGCUGUACAUACUUUUUGUGUUUACUGGGAAAGGAAUGCAAAGAUGAAGGUGUGUUUUGUGUAUUUUUAGGGCUACUUUGGUUAUAUUGCUUUUUGGAAGUUGAUAUUGUAAAAGAAUAAACCAAGAAUUGAUUGGGCAUGUCAUUUCAAGAAGUUCCCUCCCUCUCCACAUUUUUUUUGCCAUUUGCACAUUAAAUGACUCUUAAACACGUAUAAUGGGGCAAGAGGGGUAGGAUUUUAAGACACAGGCAUUUGGGGUUUUUUAAGGACCCUUUUUCAAUAACUGGAACACUCUAUAACAAAGGAAACCUAUUUAACUAGAUGACAAUGACUAUUUUUGUUUUUAUUAGAAGAAAGCUGACAUGCCUACCAAGAUUUAAUCUUUUAUGAUUGCCUUUUUAUAACUUUUUAUAUUCUCAGCAGAGUGCUUUACCUAUUGAAGAUGUGGUAGUUUCAAAUUACUGAAGCAGUGUGGCAGCCUUAAAGUAUGCGGACUGAGGUGUCCUGUUAUACCCAGAAUGCAAACUUCAGAGCUUUUCCUCAGCUAUAAUUUUGUUAGAGAAUGAAGUACUGUUAUUUGAAUGGGGUUGCUGAACAGUAACAUAGCUGUGAUUUUUUAAUUUGAAAUUGAUUUUAAAUAUUUUUGACUUCUUUAUAUGACAAGACACUCUUAUAACAGUAAAGAACAACAAAGUAUAUUACCCUCUCAAUAAUUCUGUUUUUAUUUAUCAGUAACAAAAUAAUCCUAAAUGGCAGCCCUCGAUUGUGAAAAAAGUGAUUUUCAUCUGUAUUGGGUUUAUGAAUGCAGCCUCUAUCACAACUGUGUUUUUGUUCAGUUUUUCUAUUCAUGUGGAUAAACACUCGGGGUGACUUGGUGUCUGGUGUGCGGUGCUACACACACGACAAGGUGCCAACAUGGGCACAUCCUGAUGGUGCUGGCGCAGCAUAUUGAAGGGGCUUUGCAGGACAUCCUUGCACCACGGGAUCCACAUCCAAAUGUUGUUGUGUGUACUUGUACUCAUUCAUUACUUUAAAAGUUUCUGGGGAAAAGGUUUUUUUCAGGAAUGGUGAGCUUAAUAAGGCAUUUGUGGAAUAAUACUCACCCGGCAUCUUACACCUGGAAAUAGGGAGUGGGGUUUUUCCUCUCAGAGAAGAUGAAGCACAAAGGAUCUAACGAGCCAUCUGGAGCAGAGCAGCUCCCGUGGCUGGCGUGGGUCGGGAAGGACAUUGGGUAUUUUCUCCAGUGUUGCACUGGCACUUUCACACCUUAUUUCUCUCACCUAAUUCCACAAAGAACCACCAAGAAAGGAAAUCAGUUCACCUGCUGGCUAUUAGUUCUUGGCUAUAUCUGUGGACUAAAUCUAGGUUGGCAUAUUUGAAUUUGCCUAACAUGACGACUGUUUUUUAAAUGUCUCUGUAUAUGUUCUAUUUAGUACAAGGCAAUAAAAUUUUAGUUGGGGAUUCAGCAGUAUGAUCCUUGAAAUCACUUCUCCAAUUCCUAAGAAACAUGAUUAAUGUAAAUAGUAGGUGGGAAUCCUGUGGGUCAUAGGUUUCCUGUACUACUGAUGCUAAACAGGUAGUCUGGUGGCUGAAAGCUAUUUUCAAGUCUAUAUAAGAAACUUCCGUAAAGGAAAAAGUGCUCAGUGACCAGUUAAUGUUAAUCCACAUCUAAAAAGUGUAUGUGUUUUUGAGAGAAGGAGAAAAUGUGGCACAGCCUCAGUGUAAUUUAAAAAAAAUUUUUUUUUACUAGUAUGGGUUUUGAAGUCAUUUAAAAAUAAUACUGGCAAUAACCACUCUUGUGGUCAAUUGUAAUAAUGUGUCAAACAGAACAAAUAGCAAAAUUAUAAAAUAACCUUUUUAACAAAACAAUUGGUUAUAUCCAGGCAUGAAUUUUCAAGGUAGGGUUUGGAUUUUUGGCUCCUAGCAAAUUGCAUAUACUUUACCAUUAAUGUUUUUAGAAUCCCUUACAUAAUCAUUUUGGGGAAAACCUGAAGUUGGGAAUGUGAUAACAGUGCUAGAAUCCUUACACCCUAGGUAUGUACCCUGCAAUCUCUACAGAUCUCAGAAUUAAAGUAGGCAAAGAAGAAAGAGUCCCUUUACGAUUAUUGCCUUUAGAAGGAAGAGUAUGAAUAACAGAAAAUUCAGUCUCUAGUAUUUGUCAUUUAUUUGUAUACUACUUUAUUCCAAAAAAUUAUUUGAAGAAUCUUCAUUGAGUGAGACAUAAGAUACAAAGUAAAUUAACUGGGUGAAAAAGAAAAAACAGAAACACCAAUAUAUGAAUGUUGAAUAGUAAAGCCAAGCCACAAAUUUGGUUCUGUAAACAAGAGAUUUGUUCAUAUCAUCCACAAGAAAGGAUAUCCUUCCAUUUGUGGCAACAUGGAUGGACUUUAAGUACAUUAUAUUAAGCAAAUGAAACAAGUACUGUGAUACCACAUGUGGAAUCUAAAAAAGUUGUAAAACAGAAAAAUGAAUGUUACCCAGGGAUGGGAGGGGGAUAAGAGGGAUGGUGUUUAAGGGUACAAACUUGUAAUGAGAAGCCAUAAGAGACCUAAUGUACAGUAUACUGAAUAUAGAUAAUACAUGUGGCAUCAGUACAUUGGCAAUUAUAUUACAAGAUAAAUGUAUCAAAGCAAGCCAUACAACAUUACACGCCAUUUAUUU